GCGUUUCAUCCCAGCGUCACGAGUGACGUCGCCAAGGCGAGCGCGGUGCCUGCUGGGAUGCGCGAAGCCAUCCACAAAGCGAGCCGGGAGCGACGGAGCGGGCAACGUCGCACACCGCUUUCCGAGCGCCUCAGCGAAGUCAUGGAGCUCUCGUCGGUCGGCGAGCGCGUCUUCGCCGCCGAGUGCAUACAGAAGAAGCGAAUUCGAAAGGGCCGUGUCGAGUACUACGUCAAGUGGCGUGGCUGGAGUCACAAGUACAACACCUGGGAACCCGAGGAAAACAUACUGGACGGCCGUUUGCUGGAAGCCUUCGAGAGCAGUCAGAGAGAUUCUGGACCGGGCAAGCGAGGCCAGAAAUCCAAAAAAGAACGAAGUCAUAGCUCAAGCGAGCCACAGCAGGAUUUCCGGCACGACUCCAACAAGGCCAAGAGUGAGGACGACACCUCCAACGAUGCACCUGCUACACCUCAUGGCAACAGCUCGAGCACGGAGACAAACCCUGCAGUAUCUCCACCACACAGUCCACCACCAGUGUUGUCGCCCAGUGCUACAGAAGAGAAAGACAGCUCCACAGCGACGGCUGCGUCGCGCCUUUCGGCGUCCACGUUGCAGUCUGCGACACCGCCACAGCAGCAGCAGCCACAGACUCCCCAUCCGGCUGCCGUGACACCAAAGCCGCAGCCAGCUGAAGCUAAGGAGCUGUCGGGCAAGGCCAAGCCUGCCAUUGCUGUAGCCAGCCCACCAAAGACACUUCAGAGUGCCAAGAGCCCGAAAGAAGAGGAAGAAAAGGCAAAACUAGUGACUGCAGCCCCCAGUCAGCCACCGUCGGAGAAAAGCUGCGAACCGACAACGUCCGUCUCUAAGCCAAGCCCAGCAGAGGCAUGUUUGUCUUCCCCGCCGGUGUUGGAAGCUUCGAAGAAGCCCGACACGGCAACUAAACGCAAGUUGGAUGUGAAGCCAACGUCAUCUAGUCCACAGAUUCAGGUCGCAUCUGUAUCCCAGCAACCCCCCAGCAAGAUGCCCAGGUUGUCUAGGCCCAUGGACGUGCCCACAAUCAACGCGGCAGCCAAGCCUCCUCCAGUCUCUACGGCGGCGGCAUCGCUCGUGAACGGCUCGUCGCCGGUGAGGGUGCCCGUGCGGCCACCGGUAGCCUUCAAGCCCAUCACUCCACGCCUCGGCAUGACGCACGUUCACCACACCCAUCCCCCUGCCUCGCACCUUGCGGUGCCCCCCGUAGCCGCCCGACUGGGUACCGGGCAGCUCGGACCGGCAGCGGUGGCACGAAUCUCGCGGCCACCCCAUCUGGCUCUGCCAACCAGUUCGCCAUCUCUGCAUCAGGCUGCAUCGAAUUCUGCCAACUCUGUCGGUCCCGUACCCCACCCCACCGCUGUACCCAUCAGCUCCCCCGUUCCUGCCACGGGUGUUGUUGCACCCCAGCAGCCGGUGCCGUCGGCGACUCCCGUUCUCAAUGGGCGCGACGGCGCGCCACCUCAGCCGGGCAGCGACCGCGAGAAUGUCUGCAAACCAGCAGUUUCAGCCGUCUCCCAAGGAAAGCCGAUGCACAGUCACAAUGGCCAGGCUGCGUCUCCUCCGAUGCUGCUGCCACCCAAGGAAGCCAGCGCAGAGCCGGCUGUAGCCGAGCCCGAGUACAGCCAGCUUGCCAUCAUCCCCGACUUCUGGCAGAAGCAGAGUCCAGUUGUGGAUCAAGUCCUGAUUACGGAUGUGACUGCCAACCUGGUCACGGUGACUGUGCGCGAGUGUCGGACACAGGCAGGAUUCUUCCGCGAUAGGAGCAAUGAGCAGGCGCCGAAGGACAUUAAGUGAGACACGUGUGCUUUUUGUCGUCGCUCUAUUGAACAUGGGCGUCCACAAGCACUUGUACAUUAGAGGGUGAAUAUGUGAGAAGGGUGAUCAAAGACGCAAAGUGAGCGCAAAAUGACGCGAGUGGUUCUUUCGUUGCCACUCUGUGAGGGUGGCAUCUUGAGGCAGGCGGAGCAGUUUGUACAGUGGAAGGACGAGAAAUCCAGACAAAAUGUAAUCCUUUAGGUUCGCAAGUGGCUGUAGAUCACCUAAAUUAAUUCCACAGAGUUCUGCAAAAAAGGCUGCUCAGAGAGCAGUGCUUUUAAUAACUUCAAUUGUCAGUUCAUGGAGAAAUGUUUACAGGUGGUGUAUUUUACCUUAGAGGGCAUAUGGAAUCGCGUAUGGGGAAAUGCAACAUUUUCUACAAGGAUUAGUGAACUGCAGGUGCAUGGGCCAACAGUAUGUAGGCUGGAUUUUUUUCUCCCUACAUGGCGACACUUUUUUUAGGGUGUGGAGUGCACUUCAAUCUCAUUUGUGCACCCGGAGGUUUAUACACCAUACGGACGUGUAAACAAACUGCUUUCUGUUCAUCUAAAGUUUGCAAGUGGCCCUCUGUUCAUUUUCGUUCAAGGCACACAAAUUGUUCUUUCUCAGCAGUAGUCUGCUCCUUUAUUGCAGUUCAUCUCUCGUGUGAUUAGUUGUAACAAGGGCCCGCUGUCUGUAGAAUGGAUAGCCAAGUUACCUGCUUUGUGGUUCAGUAUGAAAGGGCCCAAUUUCUUUCAAACUGGAGCAGAGGAUAAAGUAGGCCGUGCUUUGAAUGAAAUAGAACUGGAUGUGCUGCUCUUUUGAUGCUAGCUUUUUUUCCUUUGAUAUCAUUACCAUUGCUGGUGGGCAUUGCACACACGUGAAUAUGGUCUUCAGCCACCUGUCCAAAGAGAGGGCAUAUUGUUCUCUGUAUAUAAUGUAAGUAUACGUAUCUGUUAAACUACACUUCGAUCAACUGCUUGGGAAAGGUGUGGUAGAGGGAAUGUAUACUGUUUUUUGGCCAUUUCCCUUCCCCCAUUUGUGGUGCUUUCUGUUUGGUUGCAGUAGUCAGUGUAGAGUUUAGUAAAUACUACCGGAGAGCUGUUAAUAGAUUAGUGGGCUAGCCUAAUAUAUUCUGUUGGUUUUUGUUUCGGUGUUGUCUUCGAAAGACCAUGAAGAGUACCUGUUCCCUGAAGUCUAGCGUGGCAUCGCAGAGGUUCAAGAGCACAUAUAUGCAACAAAGGAUUGCCGAGAGCUAUAUUGAGUGCCUUGGGUUGCUUCUACGUCAAACGGCGAGUGCACUCCGCAGCUUGGCCAAGUUAGUCGUGCCAUGACAGGUCUUGUAUCUGUAUUGUCCGAAAAUGACAGUCCCUGUCCUGUCACAAUGAUGCAGUUGUGAAAGUUUGACAGUAAGAGAUUCAAAAAUAGACUAAAAUGUUGACGUUUCAGCAGAUUGGGUCAUCAUUGCCUGUUGGUCGAAACGAAUGGUGCAAACGGUGCUGUCAGUGUGACAGGUAGUGCUUCAUGUCUGCAGCUAUGCACAAUUUCUGUCUGUAUCGUCAACCUUUUUGUUUUGUGAGCACGGCCAACAUGGCCUUCUGUACAGAAUCACUGUGUGCUUUUUUUUUUCCUGCUUUAUGUUCGUUUCAAAGGACAUGCCAUGGUACAAAAAAAAAUGGAAUUUCUGUGAAUAAAAGUGUACAUAGAC